UGUGUCCAUCGCAAGCAUCGGUAGAGCGCAAUUAAACUCGAACACGAGGGGACUAGAUCUGCACUUGAUAUCUCGUACAAAUUUCGAAUUUUGACUAUUCAGUAUCGAACAAUCCGCGCAGGACGAGAGACGAGUUCGGGCGGACACUCCCUCUUCUUUCGGGUUUAUGCCUCUCGGUUAUUCAUCAUUUGGGCGAACGCGCGCGUCCGCUAUGUAGUGCUGGCACAGGUCCUGGGCAGUGUCCUACGAAUAUUCGGUGCCUGUGGUAGAGUGAUCGGGAGAUGUGACAAGAACGAACGAUGAAUGUGGUUGGAAUUUGUGGUUUGGUGCGGUUGGUUUCGCUGCUGGGGCUGGUGCUACUGCUAGAAGGCGGAGGAGUGCAGUCGAAGGCCAUCGGGAGUGUGACGACAGAGGAACCGCCAAUCGAUAAUGGAAUUGUUGUUGCGUCAUCAUCGUCGACGGAGUUCUCGAUCGGGGGAACAUCGCAGGAGACGGAGAUCAGGACGACCACAGAAGAGGUGCCAACGAUCGAUCGGGAGCAUGUGACGUUGCGCAUUCCGGAUGAACUGUUCUCGUCGACGGCGAAUCUGACACUUCGAUUGAGAGAUUUCCUAGGGCAGCUGUUGUUGAGAUCCGUCGCACGGCUAGCCAAAAUGAUGCGUUUCAUUCAACCCCUUUUCGGCGGUCAUCUAGUGAUUGAAAUUCCGAAAGACCUGGAGAAAAUUUAACGCUAAGCUAAACCUAGGUAGAUCAUUUUAUUAAAUAUCG